AUCAACAUGGCUGUCAACAGCAGAAGCAAAAUAUUUUUGGAGAUAUUUCCAGCACUUUUCUAUGGAUUCACAUUGUUUUUUGGUGAAUUUGCCAUUGCUGCUGAGAUGACUAUGAAGAUAAUUGAUGGACCUUCAUCAAAUUCGGCCUAUCAAAACAAUUUCAAUGCUGGCUAUGCAGAACAAUCUAAUACUCCUUCCCUAAAAAUGAGAGUAAAGCCAACCAAGUUCUCAGGGCCACCACAUCUUCAGAGACUCAUGGGAAAAUGCUUUUCUAAAGUGGAUGAGUCAUAUCGUUACGAGUUUUGUCCCUUUGUCAAUGUGACUCAAUAUGAACAAAGUAUACGAUGGAAUCCUUACAGUGGAAUAUUGGGUGUAUUUCAAGAGUGGGAGAUCGUCAACAAUACAUUUGUAGCCAUGGUGAUGCGAGAGGGGGACACCUGUGGAAAUACUUUUCGCUCAGUGAAAGUUAUACUCCAGUGUGGCAAGAAACAUGAGAUUGGUGCAGUCAACGAGCCCCACACAUGCCAAUAUGAGAUGAUCUUUAGAUCUCCUCUAGUCUGCCACAAUCAUUCAACAUUAGUUUACCCUACUCUCAGUGAAGAUCUAAGAACUAAAUGGGACUUUUUGGAGACACAACUUCAUGACGAGGAAAUUACGAAGAAGGGGUACGAUAAAAAGCUGAGGAAGAUCUUUGAAGAAGUUGGAUAUUGUCUUCCUGUUACCUUGAAAGAACAACUUGCUAAAGAAGCGGUGGAAAAUGAGCAGAAGGAGGAGAAGAAAGCAAAUGGGGAAUUUGAAACGUUAGAGAAAUGUACAGCAGAAUAUCAAAAAUUACGUUCCGAGAUAGAAGGCUUGCGGACCAUCUUGCAGCUUAGCAAUCCACAGUCAAGUAAUGUUAUGGCAUCUAAUACCUCCACUGGUAAUACCUAAUGCCCCAAAACAUUUUGAGGAGCAUUUCAAUAUGACUAUUGGAGGACACAAGAACACUGGGACAGUUGCCGCAAGGAACGAUGAUCAUGCAAUGCAGAUAUACGAAGGGGAUGAAGACCUGUGAAGAAUAAGACAUCAUUUGUAAAUCUAGUUGGACUAAGCUUUAUAAUGGAGAAGCGGUUCCUGGCUGGCUAUAGUGAACAAUAUUUUGGACUUUUUACUCCUGAACUUAAUGAUGGAAUUGCCUCUGAAGAGAAGGGGGGGGGGGCAUAAGUUUCUCUAGUCUGUUUGACUGCUCAGUCUUCUUGAUAACAUUAAUGAUCACGUUUUGGUGAAUCUCAAGUUUGUGUAUUAAUUUAUAGAAAUGCAUUCCAUUUAUCAUGAUAACUGAUUCAAUAAACUAUAAGGUGUAAUAAAUUUUGA